AUGGGCAUCCGCAAGAGCUACAUUAUAUUGCUUGUAAUAUCCAUUGCUUUGAGCGCAGAACUAACACAAGUGAGCAGUGCUUUGUUCGAGAAAUUUUACGUUCACAUCAUCAAUGGCUUCGAUAACGCGACAAUAGGAGCUCAUUGUAGGUCGAAAGAUGAUGAUCUCGGCAACCAAUUCAUCCCGGUAAAUGCAGAGUUCCACUGGAAUUUUCGAACUAAUUUCUUGGGGACAACACUAUUCUAUUGUCAUGUUUGGUGGAUUGGCGGACACAUUACGUACAAGGCGUAUUGGCAUGAGAAUGACUUUGAGCUAUCUAGGUGCGGAGAUGGACAUUGCAGAUGGAAAGCAGACCCUCAAGGAGUUUCUAGUUACUUUGUUGACCAAAAAAGGAUAUCUCCUAAUUCUUGGAAGGUGAAGACUACCUAUGUGUUUGACGAGAUGACUUGA